AUGGACGCCAACGGGGACGCCCAAAGCAAAUACAUAACUCUGGUCUCGAGUGAUGGCUUCGAGUUCGCCGUCCUACGCGAGGCUGCCAUGAUCAGCCCCGCGAUCAAGGGCAUGCUGGAUCCCCGCAGUCAGUUUCGUGAGGCGACGUCCGGACGCUGCGUCUUCUCAGAAAUCAGUGGCGUUGUCCUCGAAAAGGUCUGCGAAUACUUUCAGUAUUGGUACCGUUACCGGGACCGGGAAGACGUGCCAGACAUGGACAUUCCAGUCGAGCUCUGUCUAGAGCUUCUGGUCGCCGCCGAUUACCUGGGCCUGGACAAACAGAACACUGGCUCUCUCUGA